UUCUCCAACUGCACUCUUCUUCCUCUCUACUAUAGUCUCUACUCAUCAGUCAUCACUCACUCCACCGUAGCUGCCCGAAAGUGCAUUUAGAGAUUUACGAAAUCACGAGAUUCAUAAGCAAGCUUCUUAUAGAUGGCUUCUUCACGCCCGGAGGAUCGGAUGAAUCCGAAUUGGAUACGUCAACGGAUGAUUGAGAUGGAAAUAGAGCGUGAUCCACCUCUCAAUCGAAGUUAUCGCUGCUAUUCUGGAACUUACUUGAAAGAUUUUUACUUGAACGCAGACCAAGCUGCAAAACUUGAAGCCGGUGAUAAAAUCUUUAUGCCACCCUCAGCUCUAGGAAUCCUUUCACCUCUAAAUCUGCCCAUUAUGCUCUUCCAGCUACGAAACCCUAAAGCUGCCGACAGAGAGCUGGUAUCUCACUGUGGGGUUUUGGAGUUCAUUGCGGAAGAAGACACGAUCUAUAUGCCUUCCUGGAAGAUGAGGAGCCUGCAAUUGGAAGAGGGAGACGCUGUUCACGUCAAGAUUGCCUUUCUUCCAAAGGGCAGGUUCGUUAAAUUCCAACCCCAUACCACGAGCUUUUUGGACAUCACAAAUCCGAGAGCUGUGUUGGAGAAAACACUGAGGACUUUUACAUGUUUCACUACUGGGGAUACUAUCAUGCUGCCGUAUAAUGGCAAGGAAUACUAUGUGGAUAUCGUAGAAACAAAGCCUCCCAGGGGCAUAAGCAUUGUUGACACAGACUGUGAGGUUGACUUUGUGGCUCCUCUCGACUAUAAGGAACCCGAAAAGCCUGUUGCCGCGGCUUCUCCUCCAACAAACAAGGCGGCAUUGGUGGCACCUGAUCAGGUUGAAGAGCCUAAGUUCAGCCCUUUUACCGGAGCUGGAAGGCGUUUGGAUGGAAAGCCUUUGCCCCCUCCCCCAAUUUCUUCUUCCUCAUUCGUUGCGGCAGCCAGUAAUGGUAAGGGUGAUGCGCAGCUGUCUUCUACAGGAUCUAGCUCACAAGGAACCAGUGGUCGAGCUCAUGGAAAGCUUGUUUUCGGAACAAAUAAUGCCGCUGCCAACCGUGCUACUAAUAGUACUAAUUCUCAGAAGGAAAUAGAAAAGAAAGCUUCAAAAGAGCAGGCUAAGCCAGAAAAGAAAGAACCACCGAAGUUCCAGCCUUUUACAGGGAAAGGGUACUCAUUAAAGGGUUAA